AAACGUAAAGUUACCAAACUGCUUCAAUUUUUGUCAUUUAUCAUCACUUCUCUUUCAUCAUUCUUAGGCUCUGCAGAGAGUUGCUCUGAUGCUUCAGAACGCAAAUACAGGAAAAUAGUGGAAGUCCCUGCAGUGUCUGCAGGGAGCUGCAGUUUCCUUACUAUGCCUCUGAACACCCAUCCAGCUAGCUCCACCUCACUAACUAACCAGCACAUGUCCUUUUCUCUUCUUGCUGCCAAUGCAUUGGAAAGGAGUUUCUUAAUUUCUGGACCUUCAGCACCUCUGAUUCCAGAGUGUCUAUCUGUUGGCAAGAAAGGGAGCCAACAGAAUGCAGGCUUUGCAGAUCCUCCUAAGCAGAUACUUGGCUUUGUUCUUGGAAAUGGCACGCCCGAUGUUCUAAUAUAUCCAGGGUUAGAAAUGCUCAAAGAAGUCCAAGUUCCCAUAAUUCCUUCUGAAGAACCUCUCAAAAGACCAAAGCGAGUGGAAGCUUUCUGUACAUCACUUAAGCAUUAUUUCCAAGAUGUCUGCAGAUCUGUGACCAUGGAGCGUGAAAUAGCUCUUGAUCACCUGUUUAUUGAUGGGACACUUGUUCAAAGCCAAACUGAAACCAAGACUGGAAAGAAUAGCAUAAAAGCAAUGGAAAAGGAGCUGGUAACACGCAGUCUGCAAGAGAAGGAAAAAGCAGCCCUUAAAAGAAACCAAAUAUUUCAAAUCCCAGGAAGUAAAGAUUUAGAGACUGAAGUGAUUGUGGUGCUGGGAAAAGCAGGAAUGGGCAAAAGCAUUCUUGUUCAGAAGAUCUGCCAGGACUGGUCCAAUGGAGAAUUUUCUCAAUUUGAAUUUGUGUUUUGGUUUGACUGCAAACAAAUAAGCUUGCCUGAGAAGCAAUAUAGCCUGAAGGAUCUGCUGCUUGAAUUUUUUGUGAAACCUCAAGAGGGAAGCAAAGAGAUCUUUGAGUAUAUCUUGCAAAAUCCUGCUAAAGUCCUUCUGGUUUUUGAUGGUUUUGAAGGGUUGCAUGAUCAUGAGAAUUUUCUUCGUUGCUCAGUCAGCCAGCCUGAACGAGACUUGUGCACUAUAAAGGAGCUGCUUUCAGGGCUCAUUCAAAAAAAGAUACUCAAUGGUUGUACUUUAUUACUAACAGCAAGACCAAAAGACAAGGUAUAUCAGUGUGUGUCCAAAGUGAAUAAGACUAUUGAAAUAACAGGAUUUUCCCCUCAGCAGAGAGAAUUGUACAUAAGCAAAUACUUUGAAGGAUUACCCUACAGUGAUAAUGCACUGAAAUUAAUCAAGGAGUGUGAGUACUUGUUCAGUCAUUGUUACAGCCCUGUUAUGUGUAGAUUUGUUUGUUUUCUCUGUGAGACAGUACUUGAAAUGGGACACAAGUGCCUUCCUUCAACUCUUACUACAGUCUUCCUGAAAUUUCUUCAGCAGAAGAUAAUACCUAUGCAAGCAGAUGUUGCAGGCAUGCAAAAUCAAGACAGUCUUGCUAUGCUGGCCCGUAUAGCCUGGUAUCUUGGAGAAAAGCACCGAAGUGCCAUAAAAAGUGAUCUUCUUCCUUCUAAGGAAGUUAAAGAGUUUGCUCUGAAAUACGGAUUUUUCCUGCCGUUUGCAUUCCCCAAACAUUUAGAUAGUGGAGAAGAGGCAUUUGGGAGCACAUUUGCUGAUUUUGUCAUUCAGAAUUUCUUGGGUGCACUUCACCUUACGUUAGCAGAAGAGAUCAAGGAUAAAAGUCUAACAAAGUACCUGUCUUUUCCAUCCAAGAAGAAAAAACCUUAUAAUUGGUUAGAUUUAGUGCCUCAGUUUUUGUCUGGAUUGUUGUUCCUCCAGGAUGACCCCUGCUUCUGCUCCCUUUCAAAUAAGAUUGUAAAACAAUCAAUCAAGAAGCAGAAAACACUGUUGAAAUGUAUUAGAAGGCUGCAGAUAAAUGAGCUAUGUCCAGAGAGGUUACUCAAACUCUUACAAUGUAUUUAUGAAACCCAAAGCAGUUAUCUUUUGCAACAUGUGGCCUUAAGGCUCAAGCCAGACUUGUCUUUUCUGGGUGUAGUUCUAACACCACCUGAUGUCCAUGUACUGCACUCUAUUUUAAAAAGGUCAAGAAAAGAGUUUUCCUUGGAUUUGCGAAACAGCAGCAUUGACAUGCAAGGACUGAAAGACUUGGUUGGCCUGAAGAAUGUGGCAUCAUUCAGGGCCUCCCUCAGUGACACAGUCAGGCUCUGGAAGUCUUUAGAACAGGAAAAAGACUGUGAACUGCUGAGAGCAUCAACAGAGAAAUUUGUUCUUGAUCCCUUUAAGGCAAAGACAAUGAAGGACAUCAGUGACCUUUCAGACCUUGUGGAUAUACAGAAGAUGAUCAAUUGUGUGCAAGAUGCAUGUGGUUGCAGCAGCUAUGAAAUUCCUGCCAUCAAAAACCUCAGGAAACUAGAAUUUGCGCUGGGUCCAGUAUGUGGCCUUCAGGGAUUCUUAAAACUUGUGGAAAUUCUUGCAGCAUUUCCAUCACUUCAGUAUUUAGACCUUGAUGCUCUGAGUGAAAAUGGCAUAGGAGAUGAAGGAGCAAAGAGUCUAUCUGAAGUCUUUCCAACCCUGACAUCACUGGAAACAUUAAACUUAUCACAGAAUAAGAUAACUGAUGUGGGUGCUGAGAAGCUAGCUACAGCUCUUCCUUCCCUGUCUUCAUUAAAGACACUAAGCUUAUACAACAACAGCAUUUGUGAUUUCGGAGCAGAAAAUCUUGCCAAAGUUCUUCCUGCAAUGGCAUCUUUGAGAGUACUAGAAGUCCAGUAUAACAAAAUAACUGGUGCUGGAGCCCAGCAGCUGACUGACAGCCUGGGAAAAUGUCCCCAUAUAAAGAAAUUGGUGAUAUGGAAUCCCACCAUUCCCUAUGGAGUUCUUGAACGCCUUCGGCAGCUGGACUCUAGGAUCAGUGUGUAGAUUCCAGAUGAUCAGAUGAUAAAGGUAACAAAGCAGAGGGGAAGGUGUCCUCUGUAUGUUCCCGUCUUCUUGCUGCUUUAUGAAUUGGUGGCUGAUUUUCAUGAUGGUGGCAAGAUGAAAAAGGCCACAUUCAAGCUUCUGAGUGAUGCUUGAAGUGGGUAAAUGAUGGAGUUAAAAUUUUUUAAAGGUCAUUUAAAAUGCUACUCAAAGACCCAGUUGUGUUUCUACUGAAGUGAUGAAAAGUUAAGCAACAUCACAUUUCAAAGUCGAAAAGAGCAUCUGGAGCUUGUGAUCACCAUUAAAAGUGACCAGCAAUCACCAGGAUAUUACAGAAUAAAUUUUCAUCAUUGAUUCAUCAAAGAAUAGACUGCAAGCUGCUGGACCUGCAACAUCUGAAGCAGUCACAGAUCAAAUCUAGGUGUUUUCUGGAAGCACUGACAAUACUGACCCAAGGAUAUAUGGAAAAUGGAGUCUCUCAACUAACCUCUCAAAUACUGUUACUCGGUUUUUAAAAAGUCUCCAAUUUAAACCACAAUCUGUAUGUUCUUUCUGGCAAAUUAUACUUCUCUGCUAAAGUUUCAGUGUCCUCCAGAAUCUUGACAGCAGGAAUGAAGGGUGAACAAAUUAAAGAAGGAAGGAAGGUCUGCUUUGUUUACUGUUAAUCAAAGGUGUGCAGAGAACCAGCCAUAGGAUGUGAAGGAAUAGUAUGAAAGCAAGGUGGAAAAACUCUAUGGAGAAUAUAACUGUAACUAGAAAGUGGUAUUUUUCUUACCUUUCUGCAUGGUUCUUCUCUCUAGCCAGAGUCAUGGAAAAAACCUCAUUUACACUCCCCUCUUUCAGCUGCUUGAAUGGGAGAUAGUUUGAGCCAAAUCUUGUGUGAUGCUCCCGUCAGCCUGCAGCACUCCAGCUGUGCAGAUCUGUGAGCCUUUGUCUUGGCUUAACUAAGCUUUGGAUGACAAAAUGCACUUUUAGGCAUGUGUGCUAGAGCUGCCCUCCACUGUGACUUGAUCUGAGGAUGUGCUAAAUAUUACACAGGCAGCUGAAUGUAACAGGACCUUGUCUGGACUGAUCAAAUCAUGUUGGUUAUA